AUGGAAGAACAAGGUGCAGUAUGGGCUCCUGGCCUCCCCGUGCAAGAAUCUGAGUUCACUGACAUAACUGGUAGCUGCCUGCAAACAUCUUCCCCUAGCUCUAGCAGAGGCGGGCAGCUGAUUGCGCAUGCAGCGGCCACAUCACAUAGUGAUCCCAUUGACAAAGCAGCACAGGAGCUUGAGGUUGAUUUCCACAACAUGCAAAUGACGAUCCAUAACUCGAAUCACGUGAAUCCAAUCCAUGUGUUGGAGGAAGUAGCGAGCGAGUUCAAGGCUGAUAUCGACAUGAUGAAAACGAAGAUCCAUAGGUACCCUGCAAGCAUUCGAGCUCUAGGUGAACUGUACACCGUCCCCACGACGGUGGCCGUCGGCCCUUACCACCACGGCCAGCACCACCUCAAGGCGGCGGAGAAGGUGAAGCAUGUGGCUGCCUACCACUGCAUCAGAGAAUCGGGCUGCUCGGUGCAGGAAAUGUAUGAUGCGGUCGUAGCCGUUGCGGACGAUGCCCGCCGCCUCUACGACAAGGAUGUGAUGGCAGGUAUUCACUAUGACGACUUCCGACACAUGAUGUUCUUUGAUGCUUGCUUCUUGGUGCAGUACAUGCUUCUGCAUACUAGCGCUCGCGUAGAUCCGUCACUGCGCAGUUUCUUUGGCUCUAACGCCAACAACAUCUUUCAUGAUACUAUGCUGCUUGAGAACCAGCUCCCGUGGCAGGUGGUCGAGGCCGUCAUGAGGUUCAGAAACGUAUCCUUGAGGGAAUUCGUUGGUUCCUUGAGAGGCUGGCUGCUAGAGCGAAGAGAUCCCGACCAAAAGCGUUUUGCCUCUGACGAUGACAACUACAAACCACCGCAUCUCCUUGGCCUCCUCCGGUUCUGCACCGUAGGAAGAAACACCAGAAAGCUGCCCCCAAUACCCCAAACCGAGUCGAUACCAUUUUCUGCUAGUGCUGUCGAGCUUGCCGAGAUCGGUGUCACUCUCACGCCCGGAAAAACGACAGAGCUUAUUCGCAUGCGCAUGAAGAAGAAAUGGACCCUCUUCACCAAGCUCUCCCUGGCGCCACUAACACUGGACAAUGUACGUGCAAGCUGCCUUGUCAACAUGGCGGCACUCGAGACGUGCUCCGUCCAAAGUUUCUCAGGGGCUCCGGAUGAAGACUCUGCUGUGUGCUCGUACCUCCUCCUCCUCUCAACGCUGGUGCAGAAGAAGGAGGACGUGGUUGAGCUGCGGCAAAAGCGCAUCCUGCAGGGCCGAGGAGGACUACUAACCAACAACGACGACGCGCUCAACUUCUUCACGAGCCUUCAGAACCUGCGCCUUGGAUCCUGCUAUGUCCGGAUCAUGGAAGCUGUUGAGGAUUACAAGAUCCACAAGCAGAGGCGGGACAAGGUGAAGGCGUUUGUCUACAAGAACAUGAAAAUCAUCAUUGCGGUCAUCACCACCAUUGCUGCAGUUGUCAGUAUCUUAGGGACGCUCAUGCCUAGGCUCAAGUCCCGCUGA